GGUUACAAUGCGCGCCACGACAGGCAAUACAGAGCAACCUUCCACGGGAACCGCACGUGUACCCGGGCAUUUAUAAUAGAUAUAUAUUUUGUUAAGCUUUUAGAAUCAGUUAUUCCUCCAAGAUGAGAAGUUUACUCGUCAUCUUCGCCGUGUGCGCUUUAGUUUCAGCCCAAGAUUUCGAAUGCCCGGAUAAAAGUGGCUUCUAUCCAGAUCCCUACCAAUGUGACCUUUACUACAGAUGCAGCAGAGGAAAAUCAGAAACAAAGCUCUGCCCGGACGGUUUAGUUUUUGCCGAUGAAAACCCUCACAAGGAACUCUGCGACAUUCCUUCUAACGUCGACUGUGGAGACAGGAAAGAACUGCAGGAACCUAAGCCCACGAAAGGUUGCCCCAGGCAAAACGGAUACUUCAAACACCCCGAUCCUCAGGCAUGUGACAAAUUCUACUACUGUUCGGACGGUGUUCCCAACGAGCUGCCUUGCCCUCCUGGCCUCUACUUCGACGAGGAAACCUCAAACUGCGACUGGAAAGAAUCUGUGCAAAGGCAAUGCGACCAGAUUACAAAGGACGUUUUAGAUGAUGGUUUCUCUUGCCCCGAUGGUGAAGUGAUGGGGCCCAAUGGACGUGCUCUGCCUCACCCCACUUUCCCCCAUCCCGAAGACUGCCAGAAGUUCUACAUUUGCCGUAACGGAGUCCAACCCCAAAAAGGCAGCUGUCCCUCAGGAAAAGUUUACAACGAAGACACAUUUAUGUGUGAUGACGCGGAAAAGGUUCCCGGAUGUGAAAAUUACUAUGAAGGCCAACCAAUUGAGAAAAACAAGACACCGAAGAAGGCGUAACUAUUAGAUAAUAAGUUUAAUUAAUUAAUAAUGUUAAAGUUUAAAUAAAUAGUUAUACGGAUAA